AUGCAGAGGAGAUGCCUGCCUGCCUGCCUGCCUGUCUUCAUUCUCCUUCCACUUCUGCUGUUCCAGUUUUGUUGUGGUCACGUUUUGAAGCAACUCCGUGUCUGCGUGCUCAUGCAAACGCGUGAAACCAACGCAUCUACGUGUUCAUUACACACAACUUGUAAAUGUCGAGCGUUCCAAAGAAGUGAAUGCACAUUUCAAAAAAUUAUAAAGUCGACUCGCUGCAAUGCAACCGCCACACACGCUAAUGUCAAUGAUCCGGAGAUCAAAACGAAGAUGUGUCAGAUAUUGAGACAUCAUUCUCAUUUUCACUUCCACGGGCGGUUGAUGAGCGGGCCUUCCAGCAAAACCCUCCCAGCUGUUGGCUGUUGCUGCUGGAUGCGCAUUGCAUUCCUGACUCGAGCACGCUUCAGUCGUGAUGAACCAUUCUUGUUUUUAAGAGUUUAUACAUUUGUCACCGCCGUACAACAACAAUAUUGCAGACGUUUCUUCCCCAGUCAAGUCGCCUCACACUACACGGACGAUGACCUGAAAUGUUACUCCACUCUCAAUUUGUUUGCACAACAAUCUCCAAAACCAUCAGCGCAAUAUCAAACUGAAACAUCAAAAGUUAUAAACUUUUUGCAUCCUCGCAACACAAAGGAAAAUGCACCGACGAGCGUGCGUCAGUCCACUCAAAUAUUUGUAUGCUCAAGGCUGAAACGAAGACUGCCGAUGUGCAACAAAAACAUGGCACUCCUGCGAUGCGAAAUUAGAUCGGCCAUUUGUUCGCGAAGCAUUGUAAAAAAAACAAUCCUGAAUUGA